GCCAGUUGGCCCGGCUGCUCCGCGAUGCAUAGUAGUUCCGCCUGAUUUCUCCUCUGUUUCCUCAAACCCUAAACCCAUGGCGCCGCCGGCCCCCUCCGCCGGCGUCCGCCUGCUCCUCCUCCGCCGCCUCCUCUCCACGGCUACCGAAGCGGCAGCGGAGGCUGCUGCGCCCACCGCCGCCGCCACCGCCACCGCCACCGCCGCAAAGGCGGGGAAGAAGGGCGGCUCGCUGGCGCUCUACCGCCGUCUGUCCGCGCUGGGCCGCUCCGGGGAGGGAAGCGUGUCGCGAGUGCUGAACAAGUGGGUGCGGGAGGGUGGUGCGCUGCGCGUUGAAGAUCUCGUCAAGCACGUUAAGGAGCUCCGCAAGUACAAGCGCCAUGCCCACGCCCUCGAGCUGAUGGAUUGGAUGGUCCAUGCAAGGGGCAUGAACAUGUCACACACUAACCAUGCAAUACGUCUGGAUCUUAUCUAUAAAGUGCGUGGCCUUGAGGCAGCUGAGGCUUAUUUUGCUGGCCUCCCUGAUCCAGCCAAGAACCAUCGAACUUAUGGUGCACUUCUUAAUUGUUAUUGCUCAGCAAAAAUGGAAGAGAAAGCAACAGAUCUCUACAACAAGAUGGGUGAGCUUGGCAUCUAUUCCAGUGCGCUAGGCAUCAGUAAUCUGAUGUCCCUUUACAUGAAGUUAGGCCGGCAUGGGAAGGUCGAUAGUCUCUUUGAGGAAAUGAAGGUGAAGAAUGUUAAACCGAAUAACCUCACAUGCUGCAUUCUGAUGACCAGCUAUGCAUCAUCAAACAAGAUAGAUGCUAUUGAAGAACUUCUAAAAGAAAUGGCAGAAAAGGAUGUGACUCUUGGAUGGUCUGCAUAUAGCACACUCGCUUCUAUCUAUUUAAAUGCUGGCCUGGUUGAAAAAGCAGAGUCUGCUCUGAAGAAACUCGAGGGGCUUGUUGGUGCUGAUGAUGGCAGGCAACCUUUUGAUUUCCUUAUGAGCCUCUAUGCUUCAGCAGGCAAUUUGAGCGAGGUCAAUAGGGUAUGGGAUGUGAUAAAGGUCAAAUUCUCAAAGGUGACCAACAUAAGCUACCUCGGCAUGCUUCAAGCUCUUUAUAAGCUGAAUGAUAUUGACCGCAUGAAGCAGAUUUAUGUGGAUUGGGAAUCCAAUUAUGAAACAUAUGAUGUGAGGCUGACAAAUAUGAUGAUUCGUGGGCAUAUGAAGUUUGACAUGACGGAAGAAGCAGAGGCACUGUGGGAGAAGGCCAAGGAAAAAGGCGCAGAGUUCGACUCCAAAACAUGCGAGUUAUUUCUUGAUCACUACAUGGGUAAGGGGGGCAUGACCUUGGCACUGAACUGGGUGGAGAAUAUGAUCAAACUCCCCAACAAAGCAGGGAAGCUCGAUCAGGAUAAGAUCCACGAGUUCCAGAAGUAUUUCGAAGAGCACAAGGAUGCAGACGGUGCCGAGAGGUUCUGCAACUGCCUGAGAACGCUAGGGUGCAUUGACGGGAAAGCGUACGAGUCCCUCCUGCGCACUUACUUGGCUGCUGGUAAGAAAAGCCGUUCUCUCCGUCAACAGAUCAAAGAUGAUAAGAUCGAGAUCUGCUACGACAUCGGGAAGUUACUGAAGAGGAUGGACGACAAGGGACGAUGAGAUACAUAUUUUUCUUGACCUCUAAUUUACUGUAGUUAUUGAAUCAUAAAUGACCUCUUCCGUGAGCAUCAUAAAGCAAAUGUGAUAGAUCCAACAGUUUGGGUGUCCUUUGGAUGUUCAUGUAAAGGUGUAGCUCAUGGCUGGUCUGGUGGUGUUCCAGCUUUUGCUGCCCUUGCAAGAAGCACUAGGGAGCAAUGAGAUUCUUCCAAGUGCAACGUGAGGUCUUGUCUAGCUAGGCUUUUUUGCGAUACCUUUUUCUUACUUUUUUUUCUGAAUUGAAAUUGCUGUUACAGACUCGAUGUACUGGAGCGAGAAUCCUACUACAGAGCCGUUUCCCUUUCCA